UUGGAAGAGAGUCUCACGCACCAUCGUUAACUGGUCGUGAAACAUAAUCAGAGAUUAGUUUUUACAAGUCUAGUUCGUCCACAAAACGUUCCGUUACUCCACCUAAAACAGUAUAUCCCUACCUCGAAAUAAAUCACAUUCACAACAGGAGUAUGUUUUAAUCGUCUCACUGUGAGCGGUUAGAUAUCCCAUUCCCAUCAUCCUGAGCAGACAUGGUAGAGCCGUCAACACACAAGUUCGCAUCUCUACAUGAGGAGCUGUGCUUCUGGAAGGAGCAGGCAGAGAGACAUCAGCAAAGAGCUGACGAGGCACAGGAGGAGCUCCAGGAGUUUCAGCAGAUGAGUCGAGACUAUGAAGCAGAAUUGGAAGCAGAGCUAAAACAAUGUGAGGGUCGAAAUAAAGAGCUGCGUUUUGACAACAACCGGCUUCGCAUGGAACUGGAAAACAUAAAGGAAAAAUUUGACACCCAGCAUUCGGAUGCUUUGCGGCACAUCUCAACCUUGGAGGAGGAUCUGUUAGAAACCACUGCAGUGAAAGACCACCUGCAGAAAUACAUUAGAGAGCUGGAGCAGUCCAAUGACGACCUGGAGAGGACCAAAAGGGCUACCAUCAUGUCUCUGGAGGACUUUGAGCAGCGGAUGAACCAUGUUAUUGAGAGGAAUGCCUUUCUUGAAAGCGAGCUGGAUGAGAAGGAGAACCUGCUAGAGUCUGUUCAGAGGCUCAAGGAUGAGGCCAGAGACCUCCGCCAGGAGCUGGAUGUGCGUCAGAAGGAAAGGCGUCCGUCCAGCAGCCUCGGCAAAGACCGAGACACAGACCGACCAGAUCUGCCCUUGGCUGGUAAUCCAUCCUACCCUGUAACGCCCUCCAAACCUCUCAGCUCAUUUGUCACGCCCCCUGCUUCCAGUAUCCGACGAGGUGAUGGUCUAACGGGGACUCCUCUCACUACGUCUGCCAGAAUAUCUGCACUUAACAUCGUAGGGGAGCUGCUGAGAAAAGUUGGAAAUCUGGAGUCCAAAUUGGCCUCCUGUCGAGACUUUGUAUACGACACACCUGCCAGCAGACCGGCACUUCCAGCUGGUCCUGGGAGUCCUUCGGGUUUAGAAGCACUGCCUGAGGUCCCAGUUGCCAGCAUGAGCCCCCCUCCUCAGUACGACAGUUUAGUGAAGCGGUUGGAGUUUGGACCAGCUCUUCCAAGAGGGUCCUCCCAGGGUGCUCAAUCUCCACAGGGAGGAGUCAAGAUCCUGCUAUGAAACGAGAAGAAGGCGAGCCGCCCUCCUCCUAUUAGACCUUAAUAACUCCUCCUCCUCCUCUUUAACAAAUGACACCAGUGGGAAUGUGAAGUGAGCUACUGCAUCGUUCCUUGUUGCCACGUGCCUGCUGAACUCUUUGUACAGGAAAAGCCACUCUUCUCUUUCUCUCCAUGCCCCACAAAUAAUCAAUGCAUGGACAUCUGCUGCCUUGGGCUAGUAUCACAUCAUAUCUAUCAUUGGAAGCAGCGCUGCAGCUUGUGUAAACAUCAAGGAAUGUAGAAACCGGCUGUUGAUGAACUGCUUCGACUUCAUCUCUGACACUGUCACGUGUAGCAUCUGAGAAAAAUCGCCGGUCACACCUGGUUAGCUUUCAGUGAUGGGAUCAUCAAUCACAACAAGGACAUUGUUGUUCUUGGAAAACACGUUAAGCGUGGCUGUUGCACUUGCCCGUUAACCAGUUAAUGACUCCAAAUUAUUGCAGGUUAAUUUAACAGCCUGAAUUGAUUGUGGUAUGGAGACCAAAACUCCGUGUUCAAAUGAGAAAAUGCUGUUUAUAACCAAAUCAAAGUUGUGAUAAAUAGUUCCUUGUUUUUAAAACUUAAAGCUUUUAUUUCAAGUCCAGAAAGGCAUCAAUCCACGUUACUCAAAGGCUGCUACUGGAGCGAGAGACUGUUAUUUACUGUUUGUUUGUUUUUUUUCCAUUAAGUUUCAUGACUCAGUUCUCCACUGUUACAGAACAUCUAGUUGGGAACAAGUUGACAAUGGACUAGUUGUUGCUACAGGUUUGAGGUGUUAGCCAUGGCUGCCUUCUUUUAUGUUGUUACCUCAGUUCAGAUCACAGGCCUUGUUUUGCUUGUAGAAAAAUCAAUGAAAACCAGAGACGAAAGCAACCAUGUUUCUGAAAGUUUCUGGAAAUGUUUCACUUUAAUAGUUAAAAGCAAUUUCACAAAUGAGUUAGCCACUGCACGGGCUUGUUUACCUCUGCCAAGGAAGUUAUAUUUCUGCUGACAUUUUGUCUGUGAGCAGCAUAACUCAAAACAGUUCAGAUUUUUCAUGAAAUGUUGUGAGGAUGUAGGUCAUACAGCCUAAGGACAAAGUUACAAGGAUUCUUUUCAAUCCAUUGCAUGAAUUACUCCGGUAAGAUGUUCGUGUUGUGCUGAAAAGAAUCAUGUAUGAGUACUUAAUAAAGGUCUGCGUCACUGCGUAGUUUGGUUGAAAUGCAGAUUUUUAGUCCGUCAUCUCACUGUAGCUUAAACUGAUUGGAGGUUUGUGCUCUCCGAGUGCUUUCUCUACUUGGACACAUUUUUUGGGAUGGUUCUUUUGUGUUGUGCGAGGUUUACAAAAAUGCUUUUCUGCACCAUAGAUGAAACCCAUCAUGUCAGCAAGAACAUAAUCAUUUUAAUUUGACAUUUUGGUAGACUUUUACAGACUUUCAGGCUUACGUGCACUACUGAAUGUUUAGUAAUAAUUAUCUCAGAGUGAGACCUCCUGUUUUCCAUUGAGAGCGUUAUAGUUGGAGUAGGGGAAAAACUACAAAGCAAUAAUAGAUUUGAACAGGUCAAAGAUGAGCACAGUACAUCUUAUAUUUGUGAAGGUAUAUAGAGUCUAUAUUGAGGAACCUUUCCUGCCAUUCAGAAUGAGAUGUUAUAGGGGAAGUAGUGUGAAACAUUGUAUUUCAACAUCUGUGUUUUUCCCCCUGAGAUGUUUCUGGUUGAGCUGUAAUUCUCACUACUGUCGUCCAGCUGCAGAUAUUACAGUACAUAUCUAAAUAUUACAUUUACUCCACAGUCAUCUCUGCAUACUGCACUGUAUCCUAUGUGUAGGAAUGAACCUGAUACAAAUGAGAAACGCAGUGUUUGCAACCGUUUCCCGAACAUGAACUAACUGUGAAUGUAAUCUCUGACCACUGUGUACUGUGCACUGUGUACUGUGUGUGUGUGUGUAAGUUUACAGCACCUCUGCAACUGCUUCUUCUUCUGUAUUCGGACUUGACUGUAUGAGCCUGAGGUACCGAAACCCAGCUUUAAUCCUGAUGGUUCACAGUUUUUCUACAUAACUGAGCAGAAGAGGAAAAAAAAAAUGUUCCGUUGUGAGGAUACAGUUUGACCUUUGAGACAGAAACAAUAAAAGUAGAAAAUCAA